UUUGGGAAUCAUUAUUUAUAAGGCACUGGACUAUGGCUUGAAGGAGAAUGAAGAAAGGGAACUGAGCCCCCCACUGGAGCAGCUCAUCGACCGUAUGGCCAACACGGUGGAAGCUGACGGCAGUAACGACGAGGGCUACGAGGCUGCCGAUGAAGGCUUGGAGGAGGAAGAGGAGAAGAGAAAGGUCUCAGCCAUCCGGUCAUACAGAGACGUCAUGAAGUUGUGUGCUGCUCAUCUCUCAACUGAAUCCGAGGCACCAAAUCAUUAUCAGGCAGUAUGUCGUGCACUGUUUGCAGAAACCAUGGAGCUGCAUACAUUUCUGACUAAAAUAAAAAGUGCAAAGGAGAAUCUUAAGAAAAUGCAAGAAAUGGAAAAGAGCGAUGAACCCAGCACGGACCUGGAGGAUCUGAAAAAUGCCGACUGGGCUCGAUUUUGGGUACAGGUGAUGAGAGAUUUGAGGAACGGAGUAAAACUUAAAAAGGUUCAAGAGCGACAAUACAACCCUUUGCCCAUUGAAUAUCAACUCACCCCUUAUGAGAUGUUAAUGGAUGACAUACGGUCCAAAAGAUAUACUUUGAGAAAAGUGAUGGUAAAUGGUGAUAUUCCGCCUCGGUUAAAAAAAAGUGCUCAUGAAAUCAUCUUGGAUUUCAUCAGAUCAAGACCUCCUUUAAAUCCGGCCUCAGCCAGAAAACUGAAACCCACUCCACCACGACCACGGAGCCUCCAUGAAAGAAUAUUAGAAGAAAUCAAAGCAGAAAGAAAACUUCGCCCUGUCUCACCAGAAGAGAUUAGACGCAGCAGAUUUGCAAUGCGGCCACUUAGCAUGUCUCACAGUUUUGACUUGUCAGAUGUAACUACCCCUGAAUCUCCAAAGAAAAUUGCGGACUCCUCGGUGGUGAAUGGAGGUUUAACAGCCCAAACAAAAGAAAAUGGGCUAAGUGCAACCCAACAGGUGCCUGGACAGCGGAAGAAGCUCCUCAAAGCCCCAACUCUGGCUGAACUGGACAGCUCCGACUCUGAGGAAGAAACUCUGCACAAAUCAACCAGCAGCAGCAGUGUAUCACCCUCCUUCCUCGAAGACCCUGUGCUGGAGACCAUGGCCACAAAGAAGAAGCCUCCGAAGUUCUUGCCCAUAUCAUCAACACCUCAGCCUGAGAGGCGGCAGGCACCCCAGAGGCGACAUUCCAUUGAGAAGGAAACCCCCACUAAUGUGCGACACUUUCUGCCACCAUCCAAGCAGAGCUCUCGGUCUCUCGUUCCUAGGAUAACCAGUGUAUGGCCACGGACGCCUUUCCGACCACUUUUUUCUGCCAUACAAACAGCUUCUCUGCUGAGCUCUCAUCCUUUUGAAGCAGCCAUGUUUGGGGUAGCAGGGGCUAUGUAUUAUCUCUGUGAGAGAGCUUUUACCAGCAGGUGGAAUUCCUCAAAGGAGGAAUUCUGCUACCCAGUGGAAUGCCUCGCUCUUACUGUGGAGGAAGUGAUGCAUAUUCGUCAGGUCCUGGUGAAGGCAGAGCUGGAGAAAUACCAACAAUAUAAAGAUGUCUACACCGCCCUGAAAAAAGGAAAGCUCUGCUUUUGUUGCCGAACCAGAAGGUUUUCUUUCUUCACCUGGUCGUACACCUGUCAGUUCUGUAAGAGGCCGGUGUGCUCACAGUGCUGCAAAAAGAUGCGGCUGCCCUCCAAGCCAUAUUCCACUCUUCCUAUCUUUACAUUGGGACCUUCUACCUUGCAAAGAGGGGAAAGUUCUCUGAGGCCCGAAAAGCCCUCCUCCAGCCACCAUCGGCCCCUUCGGAGUAUUGCCAGGUUCUCCUCAAAGUCGAAGUCUGUGGACAAAUCUGAUGAAGAAUUGCAGUUCCCAAAAGAGCUAAUGGAGGACUGGAGUGUGAUGGAGGUGUGUGUAGACUGCAAAAAAUUUAUCUCGGAAAUCAUCAGCUCAAGCCGACGCAGCCUGGUGUUGGCCAACAAGAGAGCGCGGUUAAAAAGGAAGACGCAGUCUUUCUACAUGUCAUCUGCAGGCCCCUCAGAGUACUGCCCCUCUGAGAGGACUAUCAAUGAAAUCUGAGCCUGCGCCAUGGGGCUGCCUGGGCGUCUGCGUCUCCGUCUCCGUUAGUGCAGGAGAACACUGGGCGGGCCCAUCUCUCCCAGCCAGGCUUUUAGUUCAUGGGCUCGAAUUUGCAUUAGAUCAGGCGUUUGCUGCAUCACCGUGUUCCACAGACUUGAAUGCCGUGUUCCUACCGAUCUGGUGUGUGACCGAGUCUCCGUUGCUCAUUCACGCUGAGACAGGACAGGUCUGAAGCUUGCCUCUGUGUGUAUGUGGGUUUGGAAGACAGAAACUUUUUCCCCCCUUCGUUCAGUUCUUUACUGAUCCUCACAUAAUUUCCUGACAAAGGCCAAAAGCUUCUCCUGGGAGAAAGCAGCCUCACAAAGGUGUCGAUAUGAGCACAGCUGAGCAGUAAGUCAUAUUGGCACUCUGACGCGACAGUGUUCUAGCUAAUGUACAUAGUGAUCCCACCAGCCCCCUCCACACUGCACACCUGCAGGCAGCCGGGGCCAGACAGUCUAGCCUCUCACCGCACAAGUCUGUGGAUCUGCUAAUACUAUCACACUUCCUUUAAAUUAUUGUUGCUCUGAGAUAAGGGCUGCCGGGAGACUUGGUUCCUGCAGACAGGUACAAAAUAAUCAGAAUAAGCUGUAACCCCAAGUGGGUGACCAUUUCCUCUGAGCUGCUGUGUUUGCCCUACAUUCUCCUGGGCAGAUAACAGAUUUUCAAUCCCGCUCUUGAAUGUAUUGUGGCGCUAGUCGUUUCAUAACACAGGUCUGAGAAUUAAAGUUCUGCAGGAAAGAUCAAGGAAGGUUCAGAGUUCGUCAGCAAGUUGGAUUAUCAUCUCUUCAGCUCCGUAGAGGGCCAUGAGAGCCCCUGGACCCAGGGCAGUGUCUCUCUGCAGGAGCUGGGCUGCAGCACAUACAUUUUCUGCUACAUUUUCACAGGUGUAUAUUCUAGCCCUCGCAUUGAAAUUAAGUCACAAUUUGGUAUGUAAGGUCUCAAAGUAAACUUUAUUUUUAUAGAUGAAUUUUGAAAGACAAAUAAUUACCAGUUCUUGGAAAAUUACAGAAAAACAUAACCUCCUGAGAGGCUUUUGUACAAGUUCACCUUGUAAAUGACUUGAAUGAAUGCAGUGGGUUUUUGAUGACUAUAGUGUGGAGGGAAAGCACUGUAUCCCAAAAAUUUUAGGGAUGGUUUUGCCCAUACCAUGACCAAUACGUUCUUUUUUCGUUAUGCUUAGAAAUGACCCAUCAAAUUGCCAUGAAUGUUUGGAAUAUCAGUUGAUGCCAUGCACUGUACUUUCAUAAAAGCUAUGAGACACAUCCAUAGUCAACACUAUGUACCAUUUAAAAAAGUUUUUUUUUUUAAUUUGGGGGGGUCUCACCCAGCUCCAUGCUUGGGUGGCUCCCAGCGGUGCUUGAAGGACCAUGCGGUACUGGAGAUUGAACCCAGGCCAUCCUGCAUGCAAAGCAUGACUGCACCGUUUAAAUCACAUUUCAUACCACAUCAAGAACAUUUUCUAUAUUAAAUUAACAGUAAUACCUCAAAAACUGCUCUGGUAGUAGUUUUUAAUGGAUUGAAAGUUAAAAGUUUAGUGAAUGGCUUGAUAUUACUUAAAUUUAUGAAAUAAACUGCCAAUUGACUAAAAUAAUGCAUGUUAACAGUUCUUCUGUAUUUGCAUGUAAAAGUGGGCCACCAGAGAACCCUUACUGAUUAUACACAGUGUUUAAAUUAUUUUCAAGACUUUUAAAAAUAACUUUUAACAUUAUUGUGGGUGAAAACAAUUUACAAAGGUUGAUUUGAAUUCUGUACCCCAGAUGGUUUGGUGGGAACCAGCUCCACUGAAGGCCCCAGAUUUGAGUCUCCAUAUAGAAACAUGCCAUAGAAUAGUGUGUUUCUUCAAAUACUGGCGAGUUUACUAUUGUCGUUAAAACCUAAGAAAUCAAACCACCAGAGUGAGAAUUUCAUUCACAAGGCACUUAGCUAUCUGGUGUAUAUAUAUGUGGCCUCUUUUCUUCACAGUCUUGAUACUGUAUAGACUGAUCUGGGUAUUGCCACUCACCUGAGCAUUAAAAAGGAAAUCCUUCAGCAGCAUCCGUGAAGUUUGUCACGUACCUUAAAGAGGCCAAGCAGGUAUCUGUCUACGUGAGACCAGUUGUAGAAACUAGUAUACGACCACACAACACAGUUAAUAUUGUUUGUAAAAAUAUCAACUUAGCAUCACCUUUUAGUGCCAAAACAAAUUCUAGCAAUUAAACCUGCAUUAUCCAUGAUGUGUACCUAGCACAUCACCCAAGAUAGGUGAACUGUAGAGGGCAACUAAGGAACAGCUUGUGGAUGUGGUUUUACAAUCCUUGGCAUCAGACCGUCAGGCUCCUUACAACUUCCUCCUUCCUUACUACUGAAGUUAACAUGUCUUCGAAGCAUUCCUCUUUGUCCCUGUUUGCAGUUGUUCAGCAUUUUCGUCUGAUCCGUCAACAGCAUUGUCAUUUCCUGUCAGGUCUCAGAGCCUGAUGUGUCCUAGAGCUUUUGUACACUCUUGAGCAGUUGCUAUCCCCGACUCUGACCCCCCAGCUCCUUCCUUUAGACCCAGCACACUCCUGUGUCCUGUACCUCAUAAAGUUGCCCAGCUAGGGGGUCCUUGUUUCCCUCCCCCAUGACUUAAUUUUCAGUGUCAGAAUAAGAAAGGUUGUAAAUACUGUAAUAUAUUUAUUAAUAUUUGAAAGGUAUUCAGUGAAUAAUGGGAACUAACUCUCCCAAGGCAAGUAAAAAAUUAAAUAUUCCAUAAUUUCGUUAAUUUAACAGUCUUACUAGAGUACAGGUCUUAAGCCUGUCAGAAUAAACCAGAAGGUUGUUAUGUAGGAGUUUCACAAAUGAUCUUACCUUUGGAGAGAUUGUGUGAAUAGCACAUGAACUCGUAUCAUGAAUUUUUAAGGCUUUUAUUUUUCUAAUUGUAUUAAUAUAGGGCUGGAUUUAGGUAUCCACUUAAGGAAACGUGAAAAUUUUUUAAUUAUGUUGCUAUUUGCUGAAAGCAAAGUAGCAGGAAGUUUUGUACAGGCAAAACUGUGGAAAGGCCUUGGAGAAACGUGUAAUGCAGGCUGGACUCUGACCUGGGUUCCUGUGUGUACGAAAGACAGGCGUUGGUGGCAUUCAUAGUGACGUGAUGGUACUGAACACUUCCCGUUAAAGUCUUUGACUUUCCAAUUUGUCUAGGGAAAAAUAAAAUGACUUUCCAUCA